UGUGCCGGUCAAAUAAAAGUCCAUGGGUCUGUCUGACGUGCUCAAGUGUCCAUUGUGGAAGAUAUGUGAAUGGCCAUGCAAAAAAGCAUUAUGAAGAUGCACAGAUUCCUAUGACCAAUCAUAAGAAAACAGAAAAACAAGAGAAAGUUCAGCAUACUGUGUGUAUGGAUUGCAGUAGUUACAGUACAUACUGUUAUCGCUGCGAUGAUUUUGUAGUCAAUGAUACCAAGCUGGGCCUGGUACAGAAGGUCAGAGAGCACCUACAGAACUUGGAAAACUCAGCCUUUACAUCAGACAGACAUAGGAAAAGAAAACUAUUGGAAAACUCAUCUCUGAACAGCAAGUUAUUAAAAGUAAAUGGAAGCACCACUGCCCUUUGUGCCACAGGCCUUCGGAACCUGGGGAAUACGUGUUUCAUGAAUGCAAUCCUUCAGUCACUCAGUAACAUUCAACAGUUCUGCUGUUACUUCAAAGAGUUGCCUGCUGUGGAGCUGAGGAAUGGGAAGACAGCAGGCAGGCGAACUUACCAUACCAGGAGCCAGGGGGAUAACAAUGUUUCAUUGGUGGAAGAAUUCAGAAAGACACUCUGUGCUUUAUGGCAAGGAAGCCAAACUGCAUUUAGUCCAGAGUCUUUAUUUUAUGUUGUUUGGAAAAUCAUGCCAAAUUUUAGGGGGUACCAGCAACAGGAUGCCCACGAGUUCAUGCGUUACCUUUUGGACCAUCUACACCUGGAACUCCAGGGUGGCUUCAAUGGCGUUUCACGUUCAGUAAUUUUGCAAGAAAAUUCUAGUCUGUCUGCAAGCAACAAAUGUUGCAUAAAUGGAGCGUCUACUGUUGUCACAGCGAUUUUUGGAGGCAUUCUUCAAAAUGAAGUCAACUGCCUAAUAUGUGGGACUGAAUCUAGAAAGUUUGACCCAUUCCUAGACCUUUCGCUAGAUAUUCCAAGUCAGUUCAGAAAUAAACGUACUAAAAAUCAAGAAAAUGGACCAAUGUGCACACUACGAGAUUGUCUUCGCAGUUUUACAGACCUGGAAGAACUUGAUGAGACAGAGCUGUAUAUGUGUCACAAAUGCAAAAAGAAACAGAAGUCCACCAAAAAAUUCUGGAUUCAGAAACUACCAAAGGUGCUAUGCUUACACUUGAAACGAUUUCACUGGACAGCAUAUUUGAGAAACAAGGUUGAUACAUAUGUUGAGUUUCCCUUACGAGGCCUAGACAUGAAAUGCUACUUGUUAGAGCCUGAAAACAGUGGCCCAGAAAGCUGCCUGUACGACCUUGCGGCUGUUGUUGUGCAUCAUGGUUCAGGCGUUGGCUCUGGACAUUACACCGCAUAUGCAGCUCACGAAGGCCGUUGGUUCCAUUUCAACGACAGUACUGUAACUUUGACCGAUGAGGAGACUGUGGUAAAGGCCAAGGCCUACAUCCUCUUCUACGUGGAACGGCAAGCCAAAUCUGGAUCAGAUAAACUUUAAUACCUCCUUUUAAUUCUCGCUUAUCAAGUUCACCGGACAAAACAUUUCCAUUUUUCCAUAAAUACUUGAUCCAAGACUAUUAAUUUCAUUGUGCACUUUUCAAUUUCCUCUUGUGGGUUUGUUUUGUUGUGUCAAUGGUAGCAUUUGACUUACUGAACUUGGACACAAACUAACUUUUUUUUUUUUUUUAGUUAUACCAGAAAACCUCAGCAGAUUUUGAUUUGCUGCUUUAGUUGUGAUAACUCAAUUUUUAUAUAUAUAGUUUCAUGAAAUACUUAGUUAUUUGACUUUUUUUAUAUUAAUGUUUUCAGUUCUCACUUUCUAAAGGCACAUUUACAUCAGAGAAGCUUUCUAUCCUCCUUACAAGCAAGAUAAAUGUGCUUCUGAUUAUGAAGAGCAAUACAACUUCAUGCUGUUCUCACAGCUGUUAUGUAGAUAUGAUUUAAUCUCUUUAAAAAUCAAGGAAUUGUUUGCACGUGCUAUUUUCCCUCGUGCAAGAAACUAAACAGCGACCUCUGAACAAUCAUUCUUUGUCUGCAGAAG